CGUAUAAUGGUUUUUCUUUAAUUUUACUGGUAUAUAAUUUUUGGUUCACGGGAUCAUACUCAGCUUUUUGAAUAUCUGGAAAAUCAGGUGAGUAACUGUAAAAUAUGUGAUUCAAUUAUGGAUUUGCAGCCCAAAAGAUAAGAAAGAAAGGAGGUUCAGUAAUACAAGGGAGGUCUCUGAUUAAAAGUUUAAGAGACAGAGUUAAAAUUGGUAAGCCGGCCGAUUUAAACUUUAGAGAAGCGAGGUUUAGGGUGAUGAUAGAGCAGAAGAAUGGGUAAGCAUUAGGUAUUCAAACAAAGAAACAAUAAAAUUAGGUAUUCUCGAAAUCAGUUGGGGAAAUUGAGAGAGAAACGAAUAGGGGAAUUGAAUUAGGGUUAUGGUAUACAAAUAUAAUGCUGUGUUCUUCUCUAAGGACCCGAUUACAGUCCUGGCUUCGUGAUUACGACAAACUUCAAUCCGUUGCCGUCAUUCUCCUCUACGUCCAAAUUGGAUGCUCAUUAGUUGGAUCUCUAGGAGCUCUGUAUACUGGGGUUCUUCUUAUCAACUUGGCUAUUGCCCUGUUUGCCCUUGUUGCCAUUGAGAGUGGCAGUCAAAGCCUUGGCCGAACUUAUGCCUUUUUACUCUUCUCUGCAAUCCUGCUGGACAUCUUCUGGUUUCUUCUUUUCUCCUAUGAUAUAUGGCACAUCUCGUCAGAGAAUAAUGGAGCAUCAUUUAUCUUUUCCUUGAAACUCACUCUGUUAAUGCAAAUUCUUGGAUUGUCAGUAAGAAUAUCAUCGGCUUUCUUUUGGAUUCAGAUGUACAGACUGGGGCUUGCAUAUGUCGAAAGUGCAGUUUCUCGAGAAGCAGAUUUUGAUUUAAGAAACAGUUUUCUAAGUCCUACCACACCUGCAGUAGUUAGACAAUCCUCAGAUUCUGAUGAUCAACUAGGUGGAUCUAUAUAUGAUCCAGCAUACUACUCCUCUCUUUUUGAAGUUAAUCAAGAUGAAAAACACUCAAAAAAGGGCCAAAGCGAUGUCAAGGAUGGUGAUUCUUCAUCUCAGACUGAAAGCUGUAUAUUGAAGCUGUCUGUGGGGAGUGCUUUUCAGACUAUAGUGAAUCCCAGCUAUAUGCAUAUGCCGUUUUCCUACGAGGGUCACUUAGUAAAUUAUAACAGGACGAGAAUGCGGCAUGUCGUCGUCUUAAUAUUUUGUAAUAAUAUGUUUAUUUUUGGAAAUAGACAUUCCAAAGUCAAAUGAGUUUCUCUACAUGCUUUGUUAAAGAGAUUAAAGCUGUCAUCAACAAGCCUCGUAUACUGAUUUUUGUAGGACUGGCAUCCCGCAUCCAUAUAUAUGAACUACAUGGUAUAUAUUUUUUCCAUACAUAUAUUUUUUUUGGGAAAAAAUGGUUUUAAUAAUUUUAAA